CUUACGUGUCAAAAUGGCUGCUGCGAGUAUGAAACAUCAGAAAAAAUCGUCUGUUCGACGGUUGGCUGCUAAGAAUUUUCUGUCAAACAUUUCUCUAGAUGGCACACAUAGGGAUACAAAUUAUAUGUUUCACAUUUGGAAGCGUCACAAGCAUAAGCAUGAUUUGGAGGAAAGGUUAGAAAGUGUGGUAGUCCCCGGACAAAUAAGUAUGGAUAAUGAAAAUGGGGCCCAUCAAUUAACAAAUAUCGUGCAUGAAAGUAAAACUAACAGUUCAUCUGAAGAUCAUGCAAGACCAAGAUCUCAUACUAUGUAUCUUAUACAAGAGGGUGAAGAAGCUAGCAGCAAAUUAGAGAAAGAUAAAAUAUCUGAAAAAUUAACAGGGAAAAGAUGGAGGGCCUCAUCAUGUUCAGGAGACAGAGAGAAAGCUAUGCCGCGUAAACGUUUGAUCCAUAUACCACUUGAUCAUGUACCGAGUAUUACAGAAAAAUUUGAACGCUCCGUGAGUAAGUACUCUAGCUCUGUGUCGGGAGAAUCCAGUGAUUCACAUGAUCACGAUGUAAGAUUUAUCUCCCCUGAUAGCCGUAGGAGGAUCAAAAAUGAAAGGUAUGCUACAACAAAAUCCUAUUUUAUUAGUAAUGAGUUUAAGAUGAUAGUUCACUGUAUUAGGUAUUAGUUUGUGAUUAAACAGAUAUUAACCUUUAUGUUUUAUUCAGUUGUAAGCAGGGCCUCUCUUACCCCAGGAAA